UUUUUUUUUUUUUUUUUUCUUUUGUUUCUUGAGAUCUUUUUUGUUCUUGAUCAAGAAAGAAAAAUUAUUUUAAUUUAUUUGUUGGGUUUGAAUUAAAUAUUUAGAAAAUGGGGGGUGGUACAUUUUCUUUAAAUUGUUCAAGUGUGGGAACAAAUGUUGGAUUUAUGGAUAGAGAGGUUUUCUUGAAUGUAUAUGAUCUUACUCCUUUCAAUUCUUACAGCAUCUGGUUUGGAUUUGGUGUUUUUCAUACAGGCAUUGAAGUGUAUGGUAUGGAAUAUGGGUUCGGGGCUCACGACUAUUCUAUUAGCGGAGUGUUUGAAGUCGAACCAAGAAGCUGCCCGGGUUUUAUAUACAGAUGUUCGAUUUCACUUGGGCAUGUAAAUAUGUCGCCUUCUGAGUUUCGGGAGUUCAUAGAGACCAUGGCUUCGGAUUACCAUGGGGACACAUAUCACCUCAUUUGCAAAAACUGCAAUCAUUUUACGGAUGAUAUUUCUCAUAGGCUAAAUUGCAAAAGGAUUCCCGGGUGGGUCAACCGAUUGGCAAAGUUUGGUUCUCUCUUUAGUUGUCUGCUUCCCGAUAGCCUUGAAUCAACUACAGUUAAACAACUGCCCGAGUAUCAUACAUAUGAAGAUGACAUGAGCGACUCGGAGUCAUAUUCAAGCAGUCAAGAAGCAUUAGAAAACGGCGAGGUUGACCAUAGAGUCUUGAUUUCACCAACACGAACAGCCGAAAUUGCCUUCAUAAAAGAGAUCCCGAGGUGAAUACUAAAUACGCGUGUGUGUUUUUGGUGUACGGUCAGUCAAAUGCAUACUUGAGAUCACAAGAUCUUGAUUAAAACCGCGUGUGUGUAUCGUCGUUUGAGAGAAUCUUAGUCGUGAUGGUUGCGCAAGGCUCAUGAAACAUGCUCGCAAACGCCCUUGUGUU